UCGUCAAAGUGUUUCCACAUAGAAGCUGUGGAAUUUCUCGAGAACCACAUCACGGAGGAGGAAAAAAAGUAUUUCACCGAAUAAUCGCAAUUCAGACACAUAUUUCAUAUGAAGAAGAAACAGUCACUGAAGAUGAGUUUAAUGGUUGCACUCAUCAACCGAUCAGUCAAGACCAAGAAAGAUGACGAGUUAUGGUUCGUGAUGAACGGAGUCCCAAUUAGGUAUUCGCUGUGGGAACACGCUAUUCUCUGUGGUUUAAAUUGUUCUCCGUUGCCUGAGAAUUGGGAGGAAAUUGGAGGGUUCGAAUUCUACCGUAAAUUCUUUGGUCAAGAGAGUUUUGAAAAGGUUAUGAAAGCAGAAGUAAUGAAGAAGUUUGGAGAAUUGGCUGUAGAUGACAGAGAUGACCGAUUGAAGAUGGCUUAUUUGUUGCUGCUCAGUUAUGUCAUUGGGCACCAACAUUCGGAAUACGUGAAUCCAUUUCUGUUGAAGAUUGUCAACAAUGUGGAUGCAUGCGAAAAAUUCCCUUGGGGGACGUUCACGUUCAACAAUGUUCAUGAGUUUGUGGUGAACUAUCUGAAUAAACAUCGGAAGCCGGCUAAUCAGUGGAACUUACCAGGGUUUAUAAUUCCCCUCACGAUGUUGCCGUUCGAAUGUAUUCCCAAGCUUCGUUCAGGCGGAUGGUAUAGUGAAGUCAGGGUGGAAGGAAAUGUGAAACAAUCCUGUCCAAGGAUGUGCCGACGAUGUUUCAUUCCGAAAAAGAAGUAUGGAAUCAGACAAGGUUUGACAAGGAUCGGAAGGACGCAGGAUAUUGCGAGCAUUCUAAUUCCAGAGGAGGCUGAGAGGCAGGUUGGGUAUCUGACUCGGAAGUUGGCUGAGACAGAAAAGAAAUUGCAAAGUGCGAUUGCAGUACAAGGUGAACAAAUGAAGCAAGCGAUUGAAGGUCAAGGUGAGUUUAUGAAGAAAGUGAUUGUGGCCGGUAUGAUCGCAGCGGGUAAGUACGACAAUCCCUUUGAAGUUGAAGCUCGGUUGGACUACUUGAUGAAGAAAAUGACUGAGUUGACUGGGAAUGAAAAGGCUGAGGGUUCGGCCAGGACUACGAGAACCCCUCCGGAAACAUAUGAAGAGGCUGUCGAAAAUGUGUUUAACGAACCAGACAUGGUGGCUGUAGACAUUCUCAAGGAUUUAUCUCAGACGGAUUUGCUGCGACCUGCAGCAGAAGAGGGUUUAGAGGCUGAGAGAGUGGGAGAAGAGGCUGCAGCAGAAGAGGGUUUAGAGGCUGAGAGAGUGGGAGAAGAGACUGAAACAGAUGAUGAUGGAGGGGAGGCCGAGGAAGAAGGUGCAGAGAUUGUGAGGCCGAACAAACCAACUGACAGACUUUUGAACUCAGUUUGUGGUUUGUAUGUUUGUGUUAUACUUGUGGAUUAUGGUCUUUUAUGUUUGUGA